AGGUCACAUUUUGGGCCUACAAUCCAAGUCCGUGCAAGAAAAUAUAGAGCAUGAAAUCUACGACCAUACCGAAAAAGAUCUAUAGUACGCACAUACCGGAAAAGAUCCAGACCCGUCGCUCAUGGCCACACCUCUCCUCCGCCUCCCACCACCACCACAACCCUUUCUCUCUCCUCCCACCCCCACCUCCACCUUCCCCCCAAAAACCCAUCACCGCCGUAACCCCAUAACACCCUUCUUCUCGUCCCCAUCCUUCAGAAACGGACGCACCCCACCGGAAACAGAGUGCCCUGUUCCACUCGACCAACAGCCCGUCAACGAGUACCAGUCCCUCUCCACCUCCUUCCCCUUCAACUGGGCCGCCGCCGACCUCGUUGAGUACUGCUCUCGCUUGCUCGCCGUUGGAUCGUCGUUCGCCGUGUUUGUUGGGCUCCCCGUGGCCUGGCUCGGCUCCGUUGGGCCCCAGUCGGAGCCGCUGAAGCCCGCCUUGGCUGCUGUUUCGAGUGGGUUGUUUGUGGUCACGCUUGCUGUCGUGAGGAUGUACUUGGGUUGGUCUUACGUUGGCAAUCGGUUGCUCAGUGCCACUGUUGAAUAUGAAGAGACGGGGUGGUAUGAUGGUCAGAUAUGGGUGAAGACAGCUGAAGUUUUGGCACGUGACCGUCUUCUAGGUUCAUUUUCUGUGAAGCCCGUGCUGAGCAGACUAAAGAUUACACUUGUUGGACUAGCGGCAUCACUAUUUAUAUGUGCUGUGCUCCUGAUCAAUCUCGAGGGCAACCAAAAGAGCUCGUACAUAUCAUCUGGGGAACCUGCUGGAAGAGCUGUACCGGGAGUUUACAGUGACGAGUCUGCCAGAUUAUUUGAACCGGACGCAUUUUGUGGCGAACCUGAUCUUCAAUAAAACUCCAUGAUCAAUCAUCAAUGUCUUUAUGUGGUGCAUUACUGCUUUCUGUACAGCUUUUAUAUUGCCAUGCAGGUGCAUUGUAUUCUCUGUAUAUCGAUUUUUUCUCCUGUUUUGGAUACACGUACUGUAAAAUUUUAAAUGUUAAUAAAAUUUGGAGUCUCAUGUAA